GCAUCAACAGGAUCGGACCAGGCAGGAGAAAGCGCUAAAAGAACGCCUGAAAAACCGAAAACAUCUGGACGGUCCAGAUCCGGAAUUACCCGAGGAAUCUACCCCAUCGAAAGAAGGCGCGGACCCGACCGGUGAAGAAAAUGAACGCAAAAAGAAAAAAAAAAGUUCCAAAAAAGUUGCUAAAGUGAAGUAA